AUGAUUCUCAAGGACCAUCGGAUUUCAGCGAAAUUCAUUGCUGAGACUCUGGAGAUUUCCUGCAAAAGGGUCGGCCACAUUCUGGACCUGAGAAAGCUUUCCACAAAAUGGAUGCCAAAAUGCCUGAAUGCAAAGCAGAAGUGCAUCAGAGUUACGACAUUUUUGGACUGGUUUGCAGAGGGAGAGGUUGAUUUUAUGGCUCGUUUAGUUACCAUGGAUGAAACUUGGCUUCAUCAUUACGAUCUCCAGAUCAAGAAGCAAUCAAUGGAGUGGCGCCACAAAGGUUUACCGCGUUCUAAGAAGUCAGCUGGAAAGAUUCUGACUCCAGUGUUCUGGGACAAAGACGGAGAACUCCUCGUAAAAUACCUGCCAAAGGAUUGCACCAUCAAUGCAGAAUACUACAGGUCUCUGUGGGAUGACCUGUAUGAAGCUUUGAAGUAG